AUGGCUGUAUUGUCUAACCCCGAACUCCUUCAAAAAUAUCUGUCCUUGAAUCAAGGCAAUAAAGUUCAAGUCGAGUAUGUAUGGAUUGAUGCAAAUAACGGCUUGAGAAGCAAAACUCGUACUAUUGAUUUUGUUCCUAAAUGCGCCAGCGAGUUACCUGAAUGGAAUUUCGAUGGUUCCUCAACUGGACAGGCAGAAGGCCAUGACUCUGAUGUCUUAAUCCAACCUGUCUCUCUCUUUGCUGAUCCAUUUCGUGGAGGAAACAACAAACUUGUUCUGUGUGAAACUUUCAACAAUGAUGGUACUCCUCAUGCCACUAAUUAUCGCCAUUCUUGUAAAAAGAUUAUGGACCUUCACGCCGAUGCUAAACCAUGGUUUGGUAUUGAACAAGAAUAUAUGCUGUUUGAUCCCGAAACCAACAAGCCUUACGGUUGGCCUAAGCAUGGCUUCCCUGAACCGCAGGGUAAAUAUUAUUGUGCUGUGGGUGCUGGUAAAAUUUUUGGUCGUGAUAUUGUUGAGGCACACUAUCGUGCUUGCUUGUAUGCCGGUGUCAAUAUCUCGGGCGUCAAUGCUGAAGUAGCUCCUGGGCAAUUUGAAUACCAGGUUGGCCCUUGUGAAGGUAUUGAUAUGGGGGAUCAUUUAUGGAUUGCUCGGUAUAUUCUUGAACGCGUGUCAGAAGACUUUGGAAUUGUUGUAUCUAUUCAUCCCAAACCCAUCAAAGGUGACUGGAACGGCGCUGGUUGCCAUACUAAUUUCUCUACUGAGGAAAUGCGUCAAAAGGGUGGUCUUCUAGCUAUUGAAAGGGCAAUUAAAAAACUCAGUUUGCGCCACUCAGAGCAUAUUGCGGUUUACGGCGAGGAUAAUGAUCAGCGUUUAACAGGCAGACACGAAACAGGACGUAUUGACCAGUUCAGUUAUGGUGUAGCUAAUCGUGGAGCUUCUAUUCGUAUUCCUCGCCAUGUCGGUAUAGAAGGCAAGGGCUACUUUGAAGAUCGACGCCCUGCUUCUAAUAUUGAUCCUUACAGAGUCACUGAAGUCAUCGUUCAGACUACUUUCUUACCUGAAGAUUACAAACAAUAG